AUGGCGGAUAUUGAGGAACGGCUUCGAAGCCACUCCGAUGCCUUUAGCGGGCUUAUGUCUUUGAUUCCUGCUAAAUAUUACUAUGAGGAGGACAAUAGUGAUCAAUGGCAGCGCAAGAAACAGACAAAGGAAGAAGCCAAAAACGCCAAACUGGCAAAGCUAGACCCGGACUCGGCCAAGUCGGCAAAGGAUGUCAUGGAUGAGAAUGCAAGGAAACGGAAACGGGAGGAAGGGAAUGAUGAUAAUGAUGACAACCAGAGCCAGUCUGCUGAGAGCGAGUUGGGUUCCGAGUUACCCAAGGAGGGAAUUAAGCGAGGAGACCUCAAGAGCAAGAAACAAAAACAAAUAGAUGCUGCUGCAGAGAAGGAUAAUAAAGGCUCGAAUCGGAACGCAGAGGCCGAAGAGCGACGAAAGUUGAAGGCGGAGAAGAAGGCAGAGAAAAAGGCAGCGCAACGUGAAAAGAAAAAGGUUAAGCAAGCAACCAAAUCUGAUAAGAAGCAAAAUGUGGACGAGCAGUCUGAACCUGCUGAACAACCGUCUACGACUACACCAAAAACUCCUUCGGAUGCAAAGUCCGAGAAGAAACCUUCUGUAAAAGACAAUGAUGCCGAGGAAGAAGAACUCGAGAUAGUCGAAGGGCUAGAUUUGGACACGAAAGACUCUGCAUUAGAAGAAACAUCAUCCACCACAUCAUCAAACCCAAACUCCUCGACCUUUGAAAUGUCAAACAACAACUCCGGUACUUCCUCCACUUCCUCCAUCGUUCCACCUAGCGAGGCCCCCAAACCCACCCUCAAACAACUCAAGACCACACCAGACGAACUCCGCCAACGACUCCAAAAACGCCUCGAUGAACUUCGUGCUGCCCGACGAGCAGACGGUCUCAAUGGAAAACCAGCACGGACAAGACAAGAACUCAUCGAGGCUCGCCGGCGCAAAGCCGAAGAGCGCAAACAACACAAGAAGGAACUGAGACGCAAAGCCAAGGAAGAAGAAGAGCAGAAAAGGGAUGAGGAAAUGCAACGACGGUUUUCGCCCGGUGGAUCCGGGUCAUUGCUUGCUUCUCCUCGCUCGCCUGCUGAAUCGUUUACUUCCAAUUCAAACAAUAAUUUUGCGUUCGGACGAAUUGCGUUUCCGGAUGGGCAACAUGCUGAUCCUACACUGUCACGACUGCUUGAUGAUAAAUCUAAACAUGGCCCCCGUGAUGCCGCCGCUGCGCUCAAAGUCGCCGAAGCCAAAAAGACUCGUCUCUCAGGCCUCGACGAGGAGAAAAGAGCUGAGAUCGAAGAAAAGGACAUGUGGCUAAACGCAAAGAAACGUGCUCACGGUGAACGAGUCCGCGACGAUACGUCCCUCUUGAAGAAAGCACUCAAGCGCAAAGAAUCCGCCAAAAAGAAGUCUGAGCGUGAAUGGAAAGAGCGUAUCGAGGGCGUCACAAAGGGUAAAGAAAUGAGACAACAACGCCGCGAAGAUAAUAUCCGCAAGAGGAAAGAAGACCGUGGCUCCGGCGGCGGUGGUGGUGGUGGCAAGAAGGCCGGCGGAAAUAAUAAGGGCAAAUCGAAAGCCAGGCCUGGGUUUGAAGGCAGCUUCAAAGCGAAGAAUGGCGGUGGUGGGAAGAAGAAAUAA